GCAAAGAAAGUUUGUCCAUCAUCACCGCACGUUAUUAGUUUGACGUUUAACAUCGUUAAAUAACAUUAGAUUAAAUUUACAUUAACAUUGAAUUACACUCAGUCAUGGCAGUAAGUCGGGACUUCAUAAAAACUGUUUAACCGGUGCCAACAAAGCCAUAGAAGUAGAAGAAUUGCACUUCAAUCUUACAUUUAUUAUCCACGUAUAGAGAAGAACACCCAAUCUAUCUUAUCUUCAAUAGAUUUGUUCCUGAACAAUUACAGAUAGCCACAUUAUUGAUUUAUGCGAAUUUAUCCGAAUAUUCCAUUGAGUGAGAAUUUAAAAAUACCUUUUUACUAUAAAUGAUAUCAUUUAUAUGUACGGAUGCGAGAUUACUGGCUUAAAAUGCAUUUACCAAGAAGAUUCAGAAUAUUAUUGCUUUUAUUACUAUGGCGGUUGACCUCUGUGAUCAUAGUGCAAACUGCUCAUGUGCCAGAUGAAUAUUGGCAAUCACUUGAGGUAGCUCAUUAUCUGGCGUUUGAUUAUGGGCACCUUACAUGGGAAUGGACAAUGAUGAUUCGUAGUUAUAUUUAUCCAUUUUUCAUAUCGAUUCUAUAUCGUAUACUUGCCAUACUUUCUUUAGACUUCACAUUAUUAUUAAUAAUGUUGCCACGUGUUUUUCAAGCAGUUCUCACUGCUUAUGCAGAUUAUAGAUUUUACAAGUGGACCAAGUGUAAGUGGAUGUUGUUUGUUCUGUGUUCAAAUUGGUAUUGGUACUAUUGUGCCUCAAGAACGUUGAUAAAUGCAGUAGAAACUGUUUGUACCACAAUAGCGUUAUCAAUAUUCCCAUGGAAAAAUAACCAUGUACAAAGUACAAAAUUUUUAUGGGUUGUGGGCUUCCUCUGUAUGAUAAGACCUACUGCUGCGAUUAUAUGGUUUCCAUUAUGCUUAUAUCAUAUUUGUUCAAGUGCAGAAAAGAAAAUAGCAUUAUUUGGUCGCUACACAAUAAUAUGUCUAUUUUGUUUUCUGAUUUCCAUAUUAAUAGAUAGUUACUGUUAUGGAAAAUUUGUAAUAACCCCUUGGAAGUUUUUCCAAGUGAAUGUGCUUGGAAGUGUUGGAGACAUAUAUGGCAAAGAACAUACAUUAUGGUAUAUCUUUGUCGGUUUACCCGUGAUACUUGGACUGUAUUACAUCCCAUUUUUGAUUGCUGUUUGGCGAAUACUUAAACAUUCUAUUUACUUCAAUCGAGAAUUAAUUAUGCUCAUAGUAAUUGGCUGGACAUUAUUUGUCUAUUCUUUGUUGCCUCACAAGGAAUUUCGAUUUAUUUUACCGCUUUUGCCAAUGUUGAUAUAUGUAAGUUCCGCUUGUACUCAUCGUUUAAACGUUAGAAUUACGGCAUUUGCCCGUAAAAGUAUUUUAGCAUUGUUAAUAUGCAGCAAUGUUGUGCCUGGAUUUUAUUUUUCCUUGAUUCAUCAACGUGGCACAUUAAAUAUAAUGGAGUUCUUACGGCAUGAAAUUUCUGCUAGUAAUUCUCUAUCAACAAAUGUGUUAAUUCUGACUCCAUGCCAUGCUUUGCCCUUGUACAGUCAUUUACAUAUAAAUACAUCAAUAAAAUUUCUAACUUGCGAACCUAACUUUGAUAAUUCUAAUGAUUAUCUGGAUGAAGCAGAUCAAUUUUUUGCAAAUCCAACAUUUUGGCUCGAUAAUAAUUUUGUUAAUAAUAAAAAUGCUAUAUUACCAACUCAUGUAAUCACAUUUGAUAAUGUUGUGAAUAAAAUAACUAACUUCUUAAGCAAAUAUAAAUUAAUCGCUAAAGUAUUUUAUACACAUUUUCCACAAUCAAAUUAUGGAGAAUAUGUGUUAUUGUAUAAACAUGUAACAUUUAUUUAAAAGAUUGAUAUAUAUUUUAUAUAAAUGGAUGUGUGUGUAAUAAAGAAAUGUUGAUGUUUAUUAUUCUCUCUUAUUAUAUCUUCAAAUAAAAUUUAAAAACAGACAAUAGAAAAAGAAAGAAUGAAAAUCAGAGACUAUAGUAUUGUCAGACAUCACAUGCAAUGCUAUCGCGCGACUGGUUGCCUACAUCACAGGCGAUCUUGAAAACUGAGUUGGAAAAAAACAAUCUUGAAAAGAAAAUUUUCUUUCUUGAAUUAUAUUUGCCUUUUGAAACUAUUCACAUUAUGUUUAAAAUUUUAUAUCGUCAGAAAUAAGAUAAAUAAUUUGGUGUUUCUGGUCAAACACUCUGUAUAUUACGGAUAUAACAUUCUUUCGUUCUGCAAUUUUUUUAUUUUUCAUGCGUAUAAAAGUAUAAAUAACAGGCACAAUUUCUUAAAUAAUUUAUGACUUUUUAAUAGUCUUUUAGCUCUUAUGUAAUGACAAAGUAAUGCAAAGGAAGAAAAUAAUAUCGUUUCUUAUUAUCAAUAAUAAAUAAAACUUUCGGUUUGUCUGAUCAUUAAUAACGAUUAAUGAAAUAAUCAUAAAAUGGGGCAAUUCUUUUCGCUAA